UACGGUCCAGGGAAGAGUGUCAGCUGAAGUUAGUUAGUUCAGAGCGUUGUGGGGGUUCCUACAGUCUAAUGAUUGUUGCCAUGGCCGAACCGCGAAGAGUUCAGUUGACAACUCUGUCCAGUAAUGUCCCCCUGCAGUCAAUCGUGGUGGUUAAACCUGUGUUAGCCCCUAAAGACGCGUCAGUCACUGAUACACCUGUUGAGGCCUCGUUAUCCCAGGGCAGUCCAACUAAACAACCGGCUAAGACGGAGCGCUUUGUCCUUACGUUGUUUGAACCCGACCAACAUAGUUGUCCUGAGUUCUACUACGCAGAACUUGUUAACCAAAAGACGAGUGUUUCAGAUGAAGAUGUACCAAGCACAUUUGAUGGGAAGGAGAAUAGAGAGAAGGAUGAACUAGAAACUAUUGCCAGGGCGUUCGAGGAGAAAUAUGGAACUGGGAGUAAGCGUAAGAAGGAUCGUGUACAGGAUCUAGUUGAUAUUGGAGAAGGAUAUGACAACGAGGACUCCUUUAUUGACAACUCUGAGGCAUAUGAUGAAUUGGUCCCAGCCUCCCUGACCACCAAGCUGGGUGGGUUCUAUGUCAACUCUGGACCACUCCAGUUCCGCCAGGCCUCAGACACCGAGACAGACGAUGACUUUGUGACCAAGAACAAACAGUCAAAGUCCCUGAAGAAACGCAAAUUCAAGGAUGGGGAAGUGAAGCCGAAAAAGAAAGCAAAGCGAAUAAAGGAUGGUCUCAUGGAGAUGGAAACCUCAAAUUCAUCGAUGCAUUGUUUUCAACCAGAUGAUGGCACUAUGUCACAGAAACCAAAAAAGAAGAAAAAGAAACCUGCUGGCCCUCUGAGUGUCACAGACAUGCUUAGAAAGUUCCAGAAACAGAAAGACAAAGAGAAGCUAAAAAGACAGAAAGAGAGAGAGCAACAGAAACUCACUCUGGAACAGAUACAAGCAGGAUCCCCCAUGACUACACUACCCAUAAUCCCCUUUGUUCCUGCUGAUGCAGCUGGGGGUGGGGCUAACAUGGCAGACCCUCUAAUGAGCCUGAUUGGAUUGACCAACGACAGAGCUUUUUUGCAGGCUGCCAGCACAGUGGACUUUGACCUCGAUCUAGAUACUCUGUUGGAUGCCUCUGCUGAGACUCCGGGAGUUUUAGCAGUGACCUUAGCCAAUCAGAAUAUUAACGAAAAUGCCUUGGCCCAUCAGGAAUUGCACGGACUCGAGUCAACAGUACUUAGUGUGGGUGUUUGCGCUGAACCCUCAGCUUUCACUCUGGAGAGUGAUACCCAGAAACCCCAGACCACCAUCAUCCCUCUCCCAAAACGUGAACCCCAAACCCAACUGAACAUCGACCCUGUCCCUCAACCCCAGGACCAGAUUUGCCCUGUCCCUGAGUUAAUGUCCAAGUCCCAGGCCGCAAAUCCACCCAUCUAUCCACAACCUGUCUCUGGCCCCCUGCCUCUGCCUGCUCCCCUGCCUGAUGGUUUGUCUCCAGCCCUGGAAAGGAGAAUUCAAGACCUGAUCCUGGCAGCUAAGGGGUUAGGAGGAGAGUCAAAACUCAAGUUCUUCACCCAAGAGGUUAACACCAUCCUGCUGGACAUUGAGCUGCAGUGCAGAGAUGUCAGUGGACAGGUGCGUUCUAAGGUCUACACACAUCUGGCCUCUUUCCUCCCCUGCAGCAGAGAAACACUACUGAAACGGGUCAAGAAACUGCUGCUGACACAGGAGGAGCCCCUCCAGAGGUUGAGGGAGGCAAUCGGCAGGGUAAUGCCAGAACAGAUCUCCCGUUACCACAAUGACUGCCAAGCCCACACAGAGGCCAGGGUCGCUAAGAUGGUGGGGGAGGGCAAGGAGCGAGAACAGAAGAACGCUGGGUCAGAGGAAGAGGGGGAGGAGAGGAGUGGCAAACGAGUGCUGGGGCCCAGGAAGCAGUUCCGGUGGACUGAAGAGAUCAGGUCUGUCUGGGAGUGUCUGUGCAAUGUGGUUCGUGUGCGGAUGGAUAGAUUCGAGGUGGAAAAGGGGAACCCAGUGGAGGCAGAGGAGUUUCUCAAAACCUUCCUGGACAUGGAGGUCAAACCGCUGUGGCCUAAAGGGUGGAUGCAGCCUAGGGUGCUGUUGAAGGAGAGCAGAAGAGUUUACAGCCCUGGUGCAACUCUACAGCAGGCAAAGAGGAAGGUGAAGUCAGAGAAAAGACAGUCUUCACUGGAUGGAGCUCCAAUUACUCCAGGGACUUCCAACGUGCUUGUUGAUCCCCAGGCUUUCCUGGGAGCUCAGCCUGAGAACGGAUCACCUCAACUGAGCUCAGGCAUGUCAACGCUGGCAACACAUCUGGAUGAUACUGCAGAACAUGGUGCUGUGGAGAAAGAGCUAAAUUUGCUGGGAGUGGAGGAAAGGAGCGGGUCCAGUGUCAACACAAAAGCUCAGUCAGCGACCGUUAACACGCAUCCAGAUUCUCCCUUGAACAUGCUAGCUGACCAAGCGCUGGCACAGGGCCAGCUCUCCAAUAACUACAUUUCCCAAGAGCACCUUGCAGUGACUUCAGACUUGUCACUCCAGAACAUCUCUCCACCACCACAAAAGAAAAAGAAACCGUGUUCUGAAGUGUCAUCAGGAUUUGUUCCUGGACACAAACCCACUCUGGGAAAUAAGGCUGGUCUUCCUGGGAUCCCUCUGUUGCAUGCCCUGGGCUUUCCAAUCACUUCCUUUGGACCGGGAAUGCAGACCCAGCUGCAGCAUUCCAAAGAUGCCCCAGUCACCAGCCCUACAUCCGGAACGUUCCUCCAUGGACUCUCACAGUGGCAGCCAACUGGUGGGAGUGGGAUCAAACGCUGAGAGGAAAUUAAACUGAUCAAAUCCCUGGAACAGGAAUGGAGACCAGAAUCAACAAAACAUUUUGGGAAAAUAAUCAUUGGAAAAUCUGAAUAAUAUAAAGGCCUAUUGAGCCCAAAAUCCAGAUUUCUGGACCGCGAUUUACUUUGG